GUCGAUUUUGUCUCGCCGGCAUAAUCAAGAGAGCAGCAACUUGUUAGCGUUGAGGCCGCCGUUAUAUCUCACCAUGAUCAGACAAGACUUUCUUAGAAUCGACCCUAAGAGAAGGGCAAAUCUCGAUCACAAGAAGAAGCAAUUCGCUGCACCCACAUUCAAGCAGCAGGACUACCCGCAUCGUUUGAAUUUCUACGACGUUCCACCCACUGAGGAGAUCACACUCGAACAAUUCGAGCAAUGGGCUAUUGAUAGAUUGCGAGUACUGGCUGAAAUCGAGGCCUGCUCUUAUCGAAACAAGUCCGCAGCCGAGACCGAGGCGCAUCUUACACCCCUCCUUCAGAAAUACCUCCCAUUAUCUUCCAAUACAUCCUCCUCCAACGGUGCAGCCGAUCAGCGACUAAAGAUCGAGCGCCAAAAGGACCACUACUCGCACUUCAUCCUUCGUUUGGCAUUCUCCGCCACAGAAGACCUUCGCCGGCGUUUCGUGAGAGCAGAGACGAUGCUCUUCAGAUUCCGUUUCCAGCGUGAUGACACCAGAGAGAAGCGCGCUUUCAUCGAAAGCCUGAACCUUGACUGGGAGCCUGUGGAGGAUGAUGAAAGACAAACAUUGGCAGAGCAUCUGGUCGGCGCCACCCCGGGUUUACGUCGGGUGGACGAAGAGGCAUGGUACAAAGUGGACUGGGAGCGAGUACCCGAGCUCGUCGAGAGAAGAGCUGUGUUUUUGUACAAAGGCAAGGCCUAUGUGCCUGGCAGGGAGCAGUUGAGCAUGAUUAUCGCGGAAUUUACUGCUCGACUGGAACGUGCGCUCGAGCUCACGAGUCGGGCUCUACCUCGUCUGGAUGAGGAUGAUCGCCUGACCCCAAUCUUGAAUCAUCUGUCGAAGAACUUCGGAAGCGCCGAAUCGGUCUAUUCGGAAGGUGAAGGAUUUGUUGACGGCGCCGCGAUCACUGCCAGCAACAUUGACCAGCUAUCGCAACAUUUCCCACUUUGCAUGCGAAGUCUCCACAUGAACCUACGGAAGAACAACCACCUCAAGCAUUAUGGGCGUCUCCAAUACACCCUUUUCCUCAAGGGUAUUGGCUUGUCACUCGAAGAGUGUAUUGUGUUCUGGCGCCAAUCAUUCAAGGGCUUCACGGACGAUGAGUUCAACUCUCGGUACAAGUACAACAUCCGUCACGCUUACGGUGAUGUGGGAGGCGAUGUCAACCGCCGAGGUCGAGGAUAUCCUCCAUACUCUUGCCAGAAAAUUCUUGGCGAUUCAAACCCUGGAGUCGGACAGACUCAUGGGUGCCCUUACCGCCAUUACUCGGUUGAUAAUCUCAUUGGAUUGCUUCAGUCCACAGGUGUCCACGACAAAGAAGUUCUCCGUGGAGUGCGAGAAGACGUUGAGAAGAUGCGGUACCACAUUGCUUGCAACAGAGUCUUCGAGUCAACCCACAAGACCGAGAUCAAAAGAGUCAAAGAAGAUGGUUCCUGGAACCAGACCGACUUGGACACCAUCGUUCAUCCUAACACUUACUUCAAGCGCAGUUUCUUGUUGAAGCAGACAGCCAGGGCGGCCAAGAGUUCUUAAACAGCCUCUAUGGAGACUGCGAGACUUAUAGUUUGUGUUUUCAUUGCAUCCUUGUUUUUCACUUUGGCGAAAAUUUCAGUUCCCAAGGCGUUAGGGGUUUGGGUCACACAUUGGGGUACGGGACACAAUUUUUUUCACAUCAUUCUCGAGGUAGAUAUUACACGUAAAUCUUGGUGUCUGAAUUACGCAGGCUCAAUUGACGAUGCAAAAAGAUUUUACGAUUAAGGCAUUUGACCACAGCUGAUUCCCAAAUUAUCCAAAAGGAACAAAACGUCCUUUCAAAGCCAGGUGCCCAGCAACGGGUCAGAUUUACUCUUCGCUCGACGCGUAAACAACUUCACCAUUGAGGUGGCUAGAAGCUGAGAAAGAUGAUGUCGGCG